AUGCGGCGAUCGGCGAUGGCGCUCCGCUCCACGGCGGACCGGUGCUUCGGCCACCACUCACCGUUGACGAACGUUAUUCAAUCAACAUUCAGUGCAAACGUCGGUUCAAGAUGGGGAAGUCUUGCAAGAGCUUUCAGUGCAAAACCACUUGGAAAUGAGGUUAUUGGGAUUGAUUUGGGAACAACGAAUUCAUGUGUUUCUGUUAUGGAGGGAAAGAAUGCAAAAGUGAUAGAGAAUUCAGAAGGCACUAGGACGACACCAUCAGUUGUUGCCUUUAGUCAGAAGGGUGAGCGGCUUGUCGGAACUCCAGCCAAACGUCAAGCAAUUACCAAUCCACAGAACACCUUCUUUGGUACAAAGCGUAUGAUAGGGCGUCGCUUUGAUGACCCACAGACGCAGAAAGAGAUGAAAAUGGUUCCAUACAAAAUUGUGAAGGCUCCAAAUGGUGACGCUUGGGUUGAAACAACAGAUGGCAAGCAGUACUCACCGAGCCAGAUUGGUGCAUUUGUAUUGACCAAGAUGAAGGAGACCGCUGAAUCUUACCUUGGCAAGUCUAUUUCAAAGGCUGUGAUCACAGUUCCAGCUUACUUCAAUGAUGCCCAGCGGCAGGCAACCAAGGAUGCUGGUCGAAUUGCUGGACUUGAUGUCCAAAGGAUCAUCAACGAACCAACUGCUGCUGCUCUGUCUUAUGGAACAAACAACAAGGAGGGUUUGAUAGCUGUAUUUGACCUUGGAGGUGGUACCUUCGAUGUCUCCAUCCUUGAGAUCUCCAAUGGAGUUUUUGAGGUGAAAGCAACAAACGGCGAUACUUUCCUGGGUGGAGAAGACUUUGAUAAUACUCUGUUGGAGUACCUAGUCAGUGAAUACAAAAGAUCUGAUAAUAUUGAUCUGUCAAAAGACAGACUAGCUCUGCAAAGGUUGCGUGAAGCAGCUGAGAAGGCAAAAAUUGAACUCUCAUCAACUGCACAGACUGAGAUCAACCUUCCUUUUAUCACGGCUGAUGCUGCUGGAGCAAAACAUUUGAAUAUAACAUUGACAAGAUCAAAGUUUGAAAGUUUGGUGAAUGGUCUCAUUGCAAGGACUAGAGACCCAUGCAAGAAUUGUUUGAAGGAUGCUGGCAUAACCACAAAGGAAGUUGAUGAGGUCCUUCUUGUUGGUGGUAUGACAAGGGUUCCCAAAGUGCAGGAAGUGGUUUCAGAAAUCUUCGGCAAGGCCCCAAGCAAAGGAGUCAACCCAGAUGAAGCUGUUGCCAUGGGUGCGGCUCUUCAGGGUGGCAUUCUCCGUGGAGAUGUCAAAGAGCUUCUUCUCCUUGACGUAACCCCCCUUUCACUUGGUAUUGAGACUCUUGGUGGUAUCUUCACCAGACUGAUAACCAGGAACACUACAAUCCCCACAAAGAAAAGCCAGGUGUUCUCAACUGCUGCUGACAACCAGACGCAAGUGGGUAUCCGUGUCCUGCAAGGUGAGCGUGAGAUGGCAACAGACAACAAACUUCUUGGCGAGUUUGAUCUUGUGGGCAUCCCACCAGCCCCAAGAGGACUGCCACAGAUUGAGGUCACAUUUGAUAUUGAUGCCAACGGAAUCGUGACGGUCUCUGCAAAGGACAAGGCCACCGCAAAGGAGCAGCAGAUCACCAUCCGAUCGUCCGGUGGGCUUUCUGAGUCAGAGAUCGAGAAGAUGGUGCGGGAGGCUGAGUUGCACUCACAGAAGGACCAGGAGCGCAAGGCCCUCAUUGACAUCAGAAACACUGCAGACACCACCAUUUACAGCAUCGAGAAGAGCCUGGGAGAGUACAGGGACAAGAUCCCGGCGGAGGUUGCCACCGAGAUCGAGACAGCAGUUGCUGAUCUCCGCGCGGAGAUGGCCUCUGACGACAUCGAGAAGAUAAAGGGCAAGAUGGAAGCGGCCAACAAGGCGGUCUCAAAGAUCGGGGAGCACAUGUCUGGUGGUGGUGCGGCUGGAGGCGGCGCGGCUGGUGGUGGUUCCCAGGAAGGAGGGUCGCAGGGCGGAGGUGACCAGGCCCCAGAGGCCGAGUACGAGGAGGUGAAGAAGUGA